AUGGAUCCAGGUGCUCGAAGAGAUGUAGAGGCGCUUCUAGAAACGAUCAAAGAGGAUCGAACAGUUCUGCUUACUACACAUUAUAUGGAUGAAGCAGAACUGCUAGGAGACCGUAUUGCAAUCAUGGUCCACGGUCGAGUGCACUGCUGUGGAACACUGCAGUUUUUGAAAAAGAGAUUUGGAACCGGCUAUGUGAUGACGGUCGUGGUCGAUGAGAAAGCUAGCACUCAAGAAAUCGCCGAAACAUUAGCUGGGACCGCUGCAAGAUACAUUCCUGGAGCCGUAAAAGGCAAGGUGCACGGAAAACAGUUUGAAAUCAUUCUACCGAAGGGACAGCAAGAAAAUAAAUUGUGUGAGCCAAUCAUUAAAGUAACUUCUAUGUUUUCGACUACAUAA